AUGCAGAACUUGUGGUCCCGCGCUGCACGGUCGCAGUCGUCCUGCCGCUGUGUUUCGUGUUUGAGUACGACUGCCAGCGGAGUCACUUCGCGGUCGGCAGGCGCUGCCAGCAAGAAGAAACUUCGAAUUGGAAACUCGGUGACCGCGCUAUACACGAGCAUCUUCGCCGCCGCCGCCCUUGCCGAUGCCAGAGCAAAGAGUCAACGUCGACAUGACUGGGAGGAAAAGAUCGCGGCUGUUAAGGCCGAGGUGAAUGAGUUGGUGGAUGAGGAACAGCGACUUUUGGAAUCAUUGGAGACACGGAGGAGAACUACCCGGGGGAUCAACCGAUUGCUACAGUUCAAAGGGCUCGGAGCCGUUACGAACCUUUCUCCCGUGCCCCGACGAGUCACGCCGAACCAGCCAACAAGGUCCUUCCAUACGGAGCGCAGUUUACUCAGCGCUGCCAACGCACAAUUACUCGAGUCUGCGCUAGCAGAGGAAGCCAGCAGUUUCAAAAAUGCCGCCGAAGCUGAAACUGAUGACAAUGGCAUGGAGGAUGAAGCGUUACCGAGCUGGGCCCAUGACGAACCCUUGCGCGUGAAAGCUAUUCAGAAGCUUGCAGUGAGACAAUUCGCCAUCCGUCUUCUUCUGCGGCCGAUUAUCGCCCAUCGUUAUUCCGGGGUAUCGAUGAAUUACGCUGCCGAUUUUGACCUGCCUCAAAUUAACACCCCAAAGCUUUUGGAGGAACUCAACACCGUCCGACAUCGAAUCAGGGCCCUGAAGACUAAUAGAUAUGCGCAUUAUGACGAUGUGAUUGGUGAUUAUGCUUCAAUACAGCAUGAAGAUUGUCGGAAAGACACCGAGCGACUUGAUGCAGAGCUGAAUCGGGACAUCGAGCUAUAUACGAAAGAGCAGAUGUCUCUGCAAGAACUCCUCAUGCGGGUAUCCAGCAAUCUACUCGCUUCGGCCGAGCCGGACCGGACCGCUGCUUUCCGAUACAUUCUCAUUGCUUUCUCGCAAGCCAAGCAGAACGACGUGAAUGACCUUCUCCUCCGCGCCCUUCUUCCAAACGGGUUCAAUAUGAGCACGUCGCUCAUCAUCACAAUUAUUUCGUUCUUCCGCAAGUCCAAAAACCUCAAGGACUUUGAUCUUUUCCUUCGGAUGCUCAGUGGCAACGGCGUCUACUCUUUGAACCUAGGGUCUCUUGGUCGGUACCGAGCUCGGAAGGUGAAUGGCUUAGAAAUUGUCGUCCCACCGCUUGACAGCAACAACCCCGUCAUCUAUUGCGAGCUAAUCGCCGCUGCAUUGCGUUUCGACCAACCGGACCGAGCUGACGCCUGGCUUCAAGCAGCGCGGAGGGUCGGCUUCUUUGAUAACUUCACAACACUGUUCUACUACAUCCGAUUUUACAGCAUCAGACAAGAUUGGGAGAAAGGUAUUAACGCAUUAAGGAGAGCCAGCACCUUUUUGGUCUCCUCAACCGACCACCAGAGCCACAUGGUUGAACGUCUGCUCAUGCUGAUGGUCCACCUCUGUGACUCCUGCGGCAAAAAGGAGGUUUCAGAAGUCUUAAUCACAGCUGCUAUGCGCAGUGGAUUUGACCCGGCUAUUCCGUCUUUGCAAAGUGAUGUUCUGCCUAUUGUGGAUCGCGAUUUCGCAAGGUGGACCGAGGCCGCUAAAUUAUCACCCAGAGAGAACGCUGGUCGACCCCUGUGGAAGAAGUGCUUUGACUUUGUCAACGACUUCGGCGAAGAAUUAAACGAAUUCGAAGCAGAGAACCACGCAUUAGCGUUAGAUCGCGCCAGCUGGCUUGCUCUUCAUGGACAGGAUGCAUUUUCCACUACUCUUGCCGGCAAUACAUUACACGACAAUAUCGGAAAAGAAGCGAAGCCAACUGUGAUAUCCUCGUCAGCCACGUUGCGGUCCAUGAACAGUCCGCGAAAGGCACAAACUGACGAGAUGGCCAGCCUGAGGAACGAAGUCGACCAGCUUCGCGGCCUAGUCUUUGAACUCCGCAGACAUCACAUCGAAUCUUCAAUCAAAGAAGAAAUCCACGAAGUCGAGCAAGAAGCCCCCUUUUCACAACCCGCCACUUCAUCCCACCCCGCCCUUGAAACCUCCAACACUCCUAAGAAUGUCGAGUUCGAACGGAUAUCCGAAAUGAUCGACAGUGGCCGCACGCUGCCUCCAUCGGAAGUCAAUUCUCGGCCAUUCACACGGCGAUUCCCCAAGAAGGACACGCCGACUUCCGAUACCCUAGCGCAAGCGGAUCGACCCAAGGGAUUUCGCACUAUUGCCAGUGCCAUGGCCAAGAAAACCGCUCGACAGAAAUGA